CGAGUCCUAGGAGUCAUAGCUUACCAUACCCGGGAGCAAGGGGGAGGUGACAGCGAACUGGCUAUGUGACCGGCUUAAUGGCUACACUUUAUCCACAGCGGGACUGCAUCAUGCAUACACUAGGAUUUUUUUUCUAGACUAAUGUUUGCUGAAAUUAGUUCUACGUCCACGGAUCCAGUGCGACAGGUCAUCAAAUAAUAAACAGCUGAAGACUUCACAGUGAAUGUGUCGGGCAAGCAAUAAGGUCGGUCGAUAUGGCAUAACUGUUCAGAUGUCAGGAGGCUAGUACGGCGGCCAACCGGGAGAAGAGCUGUGCCCUCGCAAUAUACAUCAAAACACUCGAGAGAGCCAUCGACUUCAGAAUAAUUUUGCCGCUCAGAAAUACAAUUACUGAAGCAACGAUCCGAAGGCAAACACGUCGGAGAGGGAGUCAUUCUGAUUCGGACCAAGACGGGAACCACAAGGCAGAAGCGGGGAGAACACACACAUCAAUUUGUCUUGCUUGACGCACGUUCUGAUUUCUUGCAGAUAUCCAGAACACGGAAUAAGGCAACAAAACACAAUAAUAAUGUGGAACAAUUCUCGACGUGUGGGCUACAACCAGGACCCAACACACUGAUCUCCCCUUGAUCCGACCGACCGGGCCGCAGAACGGGACGCCGCAUCACCCAAAUGUAAAUUUAGCCUAUCUCUUUUUUUUUUUACUCUCCCUUCAUUACCCCAACACCCAACUCUUCUUCGUUCUCACCAUCCUGCUCCGAGACCCAGAAGCCACCAGGCCUCUGCUGGUUAUGAGCAGGGGGUUGGGAGGGAGGUGUGGGGAGUUAACAAACAUAUCACCCACAGCUUUAUCGUAGCCCUCUCUUUCCUGAUGAUUUCCUGAUCUAUUUCAUUAACAUUGACCGUAACCACGAGCAAGUCCAUUUUCAUUCCCCAAAAUAGCCCCAAAACUAGCCUACUAAUAACAAAUACAGCAUUUGACUACAUACUGCAUUAGCAUAACACUAGCAUAGCGUUACUACUAGCAUAACAUAACUAGGAUAACAUUACUAAAAUUCCGUACUAGUGUUCUAUUGACAGUACUUACACGCUGCCAUGCAUUCUAAUGAUAUACCUAUCAUUACCUUCAAACAUCCAGUAGCAAAUGAUAAUCGGAAACUGCUGCCAUAGCUUUGAGAGUACCCUGCAUAGAUCAGUCAUUCAACCUUUCCCACUUGUCAAGUGGUUUGAGGGCAGUGGUGAAGUACCUGUUGAGACACACACACACAUUCAUUGACACACACACACACACACACACACACACUCAGGGACCAUGCUGAGCAUCCUGGCUGCUGGCUCCAUCUUCUUCCCAGGCUUGUUCCUGCUGUCUAAGAGAUGCCUGAAACACACCCCAGGCCUGGCUCUGAGCGAGGGAGAUGCCACCAUCGUGUCUGCCAGGCUGGUGUCAUCCAUCCAAGCCAUCAUGGCUUCCUUAGCUGGCUACAUCAUCGCAUCCUCCUGUGAGGACGUCAUCGAGGAUCAACACUGGCUUACCAGUACCUACAUCCUGUUUGCGGUGCCCUACUUUGCGUACGACAUCUACGCCAUGUUCCUGUGCUAUUGGCACAAGCUGCAGGUUAAAGGGCACGAGGAGGAGGAGGGCGGCAGGCCAAAGCCAAUGGGCUCGGAAGUGGCCAGUUACCUGCGCAGAGAGUUCCUCAUGGUGCUGCACCACGUCGUCAUGGUGACCAUCUGCUUCCCCGUCUCCGUGUUCUGGAGGCAGGGAAAGGGCGAUUACUUCCAGGGUGUCAUGUUUAUGGCUGAACUCAGCACUCCGUCCGUCUGCCUGGGGAAAAUCCUCAUCCGGUACAAGAAGCAGCACACUCUUCUUCAUAAAGUGAAUGGCGCUCUCAUGCUGGUCACUUUCUUCGUCUGUCGAGUUCUGCUCUUCCCCUACCUCUACUACGCCUACAGCAGGUAUGCCUCCAUCCCCCUCUACACAGUGCCCCUUGUGGCUCCCUGGCAGUGCAACGUGGGGGCCUUCUGUCUGAUGGCCCCACAGGUCUACUGGUUCACCCUCAUCUGCAGGGGUGCCUUCCGCCUCUUCACCGGGGCCUCGCGCUCCCGGCCCCCGGCCACCCUCAACAAGCCUGAUAGGGGAUGCUGCCCCGGCCAGGGAGCCCCAUUACCUCCCCCGGCCAACGGCUACAGUCCUGUCCCCCACAAGGCAGACAGAGAGACCGACACACACUGAGAAAGAAAAGAAAGAGGGAGGGAAAGAUGGAGAGGAAGAAGGAUCACUGUGCGGACGGGGCCAGCCAGACCAGGCCGGGAAGACUGAGGUCUGUCAAGGGAAUCUAUUGUACUGUAUUGCAAUGACACUAUAACCUAGAAGAGAGGGAGAGAGAAAUUGUUUCUCAUCCUCUACAACUCCCUCCCUCCUUCUAUUGCUCCUUUAGUUACAUGGACCUCUGGAAGAAGAGCGGCAGAUUGAUAGGGGAGAGGGUAAAGAAAGAAAUAAAUGAAUAAGGGAGAGAGAUAGAAGUAUAGACAGGAGAAAGACUUGGCAAGUAUUUAAAUAUUACGUGCUGUACACACUGAUUUCAAACUGAAUGGGGAAAAAUGAAUGGAUUGAAAAGAAAAAGGAUGAUCGGGUGAGAGAACACAUUGAAGAGCAAUAGUGAUAGAGGGAGGCAGAGAAGAAUAGACUAAGCAUGAGCUGAGUUUGACUGAGUUAAAGGGAUAGAUAAAAAAAGUAUUCUUCUCUUGAAAGAGAAAUGCAACUGCUGUUCUAGAUUAGGGAAGGAUACAAAUGAAUAUAUCAUAAUGUAUAGAAACAAUGUAGUAAAUUAUUAUUUGGUGACCAGUUGAUUUUGGUGACUGCAAAAAGGGGGAUGAAGACAACACCAGUAUUUCAACUUGUGAUCCUGGUACUGUAUUGUUUGUCCAUCAAGAUGAUCCACUCUGAUCCACUUUUGUCUUGGGAAAGGACAGAGGAACACGCACCGGCGCCUCUGGUAAUUGCUUCGUUCUGCCUUCUCUCCACUCUGAAAUUCUCUCUCGCUCCCUUUUCUCCUGUUAGAAAACUAAUGUGGGAGGGGAGGAAGGGGGUUUACCCCAAAAUGUGACAAGUUUAUACUAGUAGACGAGUAGAUGUCAUGUUAGGUUUUUAUAUUGCUCUCAUUCAAAGCAUUUAUUUAUUUAUUAAUGUUGAUUGUCUUUUAAUUUUUUUUUAAAUGUAUUGUGACUUAGUAUUGGUAGCACAUUAUUAUUACUCCUGCCAUCUGUUGUACUCACUCCCCACUUCAAUCAAAAGAGGAGAGAAAGAGAGAUGGAAUGUUGGCAAGAUUAAUAGAGGGAGAGAGAGAAGGGGGGGAGUAGUAGACUCAAAUGGGACAAUGAUGCAGCUGUGCUGUCCCAGUCACCCACCCAAGUUGAAUAAUGCUGGCAGGCAGUCUUCAGUACACGACUGGGUGGGUCUGUGCAAUUUACCAGAGCUUUACCAUGCCUGGAGAGGUGUUUACUGUCUCAGAAACCCCAUCAACAUGAUAUAAUGAUCAGGAACACUGCUAUCAUCGCCAUGGUUCUGUUAUGUUAGGGAAAGCUGUUGUGGAAUUGGAUCUCCUGCAGGCUUAAACGGGGCAACCACAUUUUAGAACCUACAGGCGUUCUAGAGUCUGCGGAUGUAAGGGAUUCCUAGAUGAUCUAAAGCAGGAUUAUGAAGGAUUUAGACAGAGUAAGUUGUUGCAGUGUGUUCGACCGUAUGGGGGGAAUUUGAAAUAGAUGGCACUGGCAACUGUGGUACUCCCUUUAUGCAUUGAGGAAUUUGUGCGAUAGGGCCGAAGAAAGAACAUAUUGACAAUGCACUGAGAGAAGGGACUGACGAGGUUGGAUUGGGUGGUGGUGGGGUAGUAAUUUUCAAAUUUUCCGACCACAAUUUCAACCACUUUUGUUUUUAGUUUUUUGUGUGUUCGUUUUACUUGUGAUUUUAAUUAUGUUUUGCUGCCGUUUACUCAUGUUGACACUGCAAUGGCACCAAUGUAGCUGUCUACUGUAUCUAAGUUUGCGUCAUAACUGCCAUUUGGGACGAAGCCCAAGUCAAGAGGGUUGAAAUGUGGUCCUUGAAACUCAAUCCCAAGGUGAGCGGACCUUGAACACUUGACCACUGCCUUGGGUUGUAACUCUACUAGCCUGGUCUCAGAUCUCUCUGCCGGUUCAUCGACGAAAAGUGAACACAUAGAGGGACUACUGUAUAAUAUGCUGGACUAUACUUAUUGCAUCAGGCGUUUUUCUGCUGAAUAGCUGCAUGAUAGGAAUGAGAGAAUGGCUUUUUGACAAUUGGCCGAUAUUAACCUGGGAACACUGUAACACUUAGAGUUACUAUUUACAAUGGUCAGUUAUGGUACUAUUUAAAAUGGCUUAUUGAGGACUUGUUCAUCUCCGCACCCAGAACCGAAUCAGCUACCCGAUUUUUAACAUUUUGAAACGUUUUGUUAUGAUAGAGGGUUUUUUUUUCAUUCAUUGCUUUAUAACUGAUUUAAAGGUACAUUGAUUGGGGAAAUUGUAUGAUCAACAUUAUUUUCCAUGCCAAAAAGUAAACCUAAGCGUCCGACAAUGGAUAUAAACUGUAGAGUUGAUCGUACAAAUCAAACGUCAUUCCCCAAAAAUGAAUUAUGUUCACAAAUGUCGUUUCAAUUGUAUUUGUCACAUGCGCCCAAUACAACAGGUGUAGAUCUUACAGUGAAAUGCUUACUUACAAACCCUUAAACAACAAUGCAGUUUUAAGAAAAAUACCGAAAGAAAAAAUAAGAAAUAAAUGUAACAUCAUUAAAGAGCAGCAGUAGAAUAACAAUAGCGAGGCUAUAUACAGGGGGUACCGGUACAGUAUCAAUGUGCGGGGGGCACUGGUUAGUCAAGGGAAUUGAGGAAAUAUAUACAUCUAGGUAGAUGUAAGAUUAGGGGGGUCUAUUCAAUCCGCAUCACGGAAGUUCAGCUUUUCAGCGUGAUUGAAAUUUAAAGGCAAUGUUCCCGCUUUAUCAGAGGCUGCAUGUGUCGACUCAAUCGGAAAUUGCCUACACAUUUCUGUAGCGGAAUCUGUAACGCUUCAGCGUUACAGAUUGAAUAGAGCCCUAUGAUUAUUUUCAUGCGUAUUCCACACCAGAGCAAUUUUUUUCUGUUCCUCAUCUGACAGAGGUCACUGAAACUGAAACUAAAUAUAAUUUGCACUCGAUUACAAAGUUUAGUUCGAGAAGAUACGCUUUGAGUGAGAGAGAGAGGUGUUGGAGUUAAGACAUUAAGACAAGUUAGUGAUGAUUUAAGCCAAAAAUUUGAUAUCUUCUAGUGUUUACUUUUGCAAUUGACCCCUUCUAGUCCAUUAUAAAUUAUGAUGCCUUCAUGUUAAACCCUUUGAGCAAAAAAAUGUCUUUCGACCAAUUUUGCUCACUAGGUAGCGUUACCUCCCAAAAGAUAACAUCAUCUAUUUUACCAGUUCCUAAGUCCUCUGUCAUGGAAAGUAUUACAAAAAAAUCGACUGCAUCUUCCAUAUUGUUUGUUUGUUUUAUACAUUUAUUUUAAUGUAUCUCUGUUAUUUAUUGAAAUGGUUUGAAUGUACAUACGAAUACAUAUAUAAAUGAUAUAUUUCCUGUACAUAUGGGCUUGUGUUCUGUCUGUCGACUGCUGCCUGACUAAUCGUGGGCUCUGUAUCUGAAAUGGCACCCUGUUCCCUACAUAGUGCUCUACUUUUGACCAGGGUCUGGUUAAAGUAGUACACUACAGUAUGUCGGGAACACUGGGGUGCCGUUUCGGACUUAGACCUGUUCUGUUGGCUGACAUACUCUGCUCUCGUCUUCUGCUCUGACGGCCAACAUGACAUCAUGGUUCUACUGUUCUAGCACCACUGCACUGCUUUUCAAAAUAAGCACCAUGAACUUUGAGUGAAGUUUUGCUUUACAUGCAACAGAUUGACCAAUAAAGUCCUCCCCUUUGUUUGUGCAUAAAGAA